GCUGAUUGCCAACAUCCGGAACGGAUAGGCACUUUGAGAAGAAGAAGCUAUGUGAGUCCUGUUGCAAUGCAUAUAACCUCCCAUCACACAGAAGAAUCAGAAGUAAUGAUGAUGCUUCACAGACAUUUGGGAGGUGACAGUAUACAAAAUUGCCAGCAUUCAGGACUGUGAGGAGCCUGCUAAAAAGAUUACCAAAGUGGAUCCUGUGAAGGUGACAACAAAACGGACUGCAACAUUUGUGCCCCUGCAGGAUGUGCUGGAUGUUGAUUGGUCCAGUGAAACUUACAUCAAACGCCUUCCAAAGACUGAUUGUUCUUACUUCCUUAUAAGAGUACUCCUUGGGUUUCGCAGCAAACGUGGGCAUGACCCAAGCCCUGAGAAACUGCAGGAGGACAUCAAACAGCUCUACAGCAUACAUAAUGAAGUUCUUGCCAAGUUGGAAGUGCCAGUAGACAAAGUGCCAGAUGAACUGUUCAGAAUGUCUGAAGAAGAAAAUGUACGUAUUCGGUUCGUAGUUCCGAAGGAUCUCAAGGGUGAGAGUCUUUGCUCGGACGAUAUGAAAAUGGCAUUUCAGAGUUGUGUUGAACAUGAGUUGUCACCUGAGUGGAUCUCUGAACAGAGUUGUGCUUCUCUUGAACCAUCAAAACAAGAUGUGUUUGUGUUCCAGCAGUUCGAAGGAGAAAUAUUUUCUAAAUAUGUGAACCUAAAGUGUGUCAGGUUGUUAGGUCCCAGGUGUGUCCUGUCAUGUCUAAUGGAAGGAUCACCUAUUCCAGAGAGUUGCUCGCCCAUCUUCACAACAGCUAUGCGAGGUUUGGUUGUUACCACAACAAAUUUUUCUGGUCAAGAAAAGGAGGACUUGGUAAACAAGAUUAAAUACAUGGGUGCACUGUUUUCUUCCAAGUUGGUUGGUGGGACGACACAUGUUGUGGCGAAGAAUGUUCUCAGUGUCAAGUAUGAGAAAGCAGUAGAAAGAAAUCUCCCCAUCAUGACUGGGCAGUGGGUGCAUUCUGUUUGGGAGGCAAGUUGCAAGAGGAAUAUUCAUGCUUGUGAUCCUGAAUUUCAAGCUUACAAGUGUCCAGUGUUUCAUGGUCUCACUAUCACUUGUUCAAACUUGCCGCGGCAACAGAAAGAAGAAAUUAGGAAACUUAUAAAUGACAAUGGUGGUGUUUUCAGUGGACAGCUUGAGUGUGACAAUACAAAACUGCUCGUCAUUGCUAAUCUGACUGGAGAAAAAUACAAGUAUGCACGUGAAUGGAAGUUGCCAUGUGUACUUCCAUCUUGGGUUUGUGAAAGUGCUAAAGAAGGUUAUGCAGUUUCUGUAGAACCUCAUCUCACACCGCACAAAGAAGUUGUCAGAUGUUCAACACCAAAUCCUGAUGAGACACGUUUAUUACCACACUACUCCAUGGUAAGCGCAAUUACAGAGAGUGAUGCUACACAUGUAAAUGAGACUGCUGCAGAUACUAUAAUAGACAGUUUUCUUACAAAGAAAGUUGAUGUGAUUAGAAACGCACAGACUCAGCCCUCAGGUGCUUCAAAUUAUUCAGAAAUAUUAGAGAAACUUGAUUUGACAGAAGCCAAAAAGGCAGGACCUUUUUUGGAUGGUUGUAACGUUUAUUUGAGCGGAUUCAAUUUGGAACAAUCUGAGAAAUUACGUCGCGUGCUCAAUGGCGGGGGAGCCACGAGAUUUAAUGAAAUAUCAGACUCUGUGACCCAUAUUAUCAUAGGAGAUAUUGUACCUGCUGAUUUGGAACCUUUAAAAUAUACUGGCUUCAGACCAUAUAUUCUGACAGUGAAUUGGGUGACAGAGAGCAUGCAGUUAAAAUGUCCUGCUCCUGAAGAGGCAUUUCUGUGCAGUGAUGCAUUGCUACAAUCAGUGGAGCCUCCAUCACCUUUAAGCAAGAAGGGACUACAGUUAUUACGAAGACCAAAUGAGAGACCAAUCCCCUGCCUUGAGCUUGCUAGCAGCAUGAAAACCACAAGCCAAUCAACCGAAAAAACAUUACCUGCUGUGCCUGUUGAAUUGGUUGAUCAGUACUUACACAACUUGAAGUCAGACAGUGAUGCAUUUCAAGAUUUGGGAAGUGGUCAUGUGGAUAAGCAAUCAACAGAGCCUGCAGACACAACAGCAGUCUGCCACAAUCCAGAGCAGGACAGCACACAGUAUACUGAAUCAACAAUUGUACCUGUGUUCAGUGACUUAACUUUUAUCAUUGUUGACUAUGAAGAUGAGGUAAAGGAAUUGUUGAUAGAUGCCAUUGAGUCACGUGGUGGACUUGUGGUUGGCCAGACCUUCAGAGGAAUUGCUCAUUAUGCUGUUGUGCCUUUACAUGGUGCUAAAAUGUCUCAAACUGCAGUUGAGACUGUGUCAUACUUGUGGGUGGAGGACUGCCAUCAUCAGGACGAGUUGAUGCCUGUGUUGUAUUAUCACCGCCCUGUGUCUGUUGAUGUGAACAAACAGCCAUUGGCUGGUUGUGUGAUUGGCAUCAGUUCCUAUACUGGAAAGGAAAGAGACUUCAUCUUUGCACUGGCUCAGCUCUUGGGAGCUGUAACCCAAGAAACAUUUGCACGAAAAAGCAAUGAGAAGAAGAAUGCACUAGCAUCAACACACUUGAUAUGUUGUGAACCUGGAAGCCAGAAGUACAAUGCUGCUUUGAAAUGGAAGCUGCCUGCUGUGAGUCAUGAGUGGCUUUUAGCUUGUGCUAAGGAGGGACAGCGAGUCAAUGAGGACACUUAUCUUGUUGGAGAGAGUUCACGUUCUAUAAAUAUGCCUUACAAAGUAACUGAAGCUGCAAAGACAGAUGGCUCAGCAGCUGUCCAGAUGAAGGAUGAUAAGUCUAAGCCUGAAGGCAGUAUUGUUGAUGCACAGGCCGCAGUGCCGGAAUUGAAGGCUGUUAAUAAAAGAGUUGUGGAGUUGCAGACAAACACUGCAAUGGGCCCUCCUAGUCUUCCUGUAACACCUUCCUACAAAAGUAGGCAUGGCUUUAGCCAGGAAUCUCCAUUACAUAUUCCAAAGAUAUCAGAAUCGACUCCAAAGAAUGAUACAGGUUGGCCAGGAGAUCCAAAUCAGCCAACUCCUAAAGGACCAUUUUCUGUUUCUACGCCUCAAACUCCAUAUGGCCAGGUUCUGAAGCCUGACCCGUCACCUGACACAAAAAAGAACUGGAAGAAGUGGAUUGAUAAUUUUCCUGAUUUUGGGAAGGAGAUAGUCUCUCCAAAAAGGAAGAGAAAACUGAGUACCCCGAUGUCUGAGUUGAAGCGCCGCUGUUGGCAAAUGAUUCUUCCGAAAGAUAAACAACCAAUUCAUGAUGUUGCUACACAUUCUCAGAAUGGGAUAGAUUCCACAGCGAAUCAAGUUGUUCCUGUGUCCUCCAAUGGAAAGCAGACUUCAUGUUCAGGAUCUCCACUUGUCUACAGAAUGGAUGGAGAAGCAUCAAGUUCGCAGUCUUUAAAUCCAUCACACUCAACUGGAGUUCAUACUCAGCUGGCACAGUUAAAUCAGCUUCUGUCAAGUCGACGGUCUGGAAGUACAGACUCUGAGCCCAAAAUUAAACGUGUCUGGCCUAGUGAAGCCAAUGUACAUGAGGAUCAUUUGGAUGAUGUUAAGCAGGCUGACCCUGAAAUAGAACAGCUAAGGAAGGAAUCCCAAGGAUUGGUUGGCUGGGAUGAUCCUAUAGAUGUUAAUGAGCUGAAGAGGAAGUCACAUAGCAGCCAGCAGCCUCUCAAGUUCAUGUUGUCAAAUGUUGGGGACCGUGAAUAUUAUGAAUCAGUCAUCCUGUCUCUUGGGGGUGAGGUGACUGGCAAACAUACAUUUGAUCCUUCUGCAACUCAUCUUGUUUGUAGUCGCCCAGGUCGAAGUGAGAAGCUUUUGGCUAGCAUUGCAUCAGGAAAAUGGGUGUUACACAAGGGGUACUUGGAUGUCUGCCAGAAGGAAAAACAGUUUGUCCAGGAGGAUGAAUUUGAGUGGGGCAAUCCAUCUGCAUCAUCACUAAUGCGUGACCUUAAACUUGAUUCUCUCGAACAUGACCUGGCACUUUCGGCGUAUCGGUGGCGUCGCAUUCUUACUGGAGAUAACACAGGUGCAUUCAUGGGCAUGAGGGCUGCAGUUUGCAUUUCUCGUGAGAGAGAAGAGCCAUUCAAGAGACUUGUUCUUGCAGGAGGGGGUCGUCUGGUAGACUUCAGCAAUCUCGAUGAAGCCACUCAUUGUUUUGUGGAACUGAGUAAAGCAUCUCUGCCAGUGGACCUGUCCGUGUUGGUGAAGAAGAGGAUACCGUGUGUACCUCCGCUGUAUCUUAACGAUUACCUGGUCAAGAAUCCACCUCCACAGGCUCAUAAUUGUGUUGUUCCAGAAUAUAAGCUUCAACUUCAGGCAUAUUAGUUACAAGUUUCCUUUGGGUUUGUUCAGUUAUGUUUUAAAAUUAAAUAAGAGAACAUGAACUACAGGUACAAAGGAUAUAAUUUUAUUUUGCUCCCAUGUUUAUUAGGUCUGUUUGUUCCAUUGUUGCUGACAUGCAAACAUGUCACAAAUCACUUGGAACAAAUGACAUGUUGCAAAAAAGUGUGUUUUCUUGUGUGUGUGUGUGUAUAUAUAUAUAUGCACUUCUCAUUUCUUUUAUUAUGCUGUGUAGCAGAAGACAUAUUUCACAUGUGGACCCAUUCUCAGCGCAUGUUCUGUCCUGUACUUUACUUACCAGUCACACUUUUCACUUAUCAUAUUUGCUUAUUAUUCCAUUUCAUGUCCCAACCUUUAUCAGUCUUGUGUCAUGGCUUACACGUGGUUCAGCUGGCCAUGUGUUGCAAGGCACACAAAUUAUGGAAUUGAAGUUCAUCUAGUUUAAUCCCCUAUUCCUGUACAGUAUAUGUUAAUUAUUAUGUAUUUAUGGCUUUUAAUAUUUUCCAACAAUUUUUAUUAAAUGAAAUUGUAUAAAACUCUUGCAUACUUAA